UUACACUAGCUUUUCUGUUUUUUUAAAGUAUUUACAAAACUCUGUAAAAAUAAAGAUAAAGUAAAUUAACAGUCCAACCGUACAUUUAAGUACUAUGCUAAUAAUAUUGUGACUUAGCCGAUCAAUAAACAGCUUCGAGCUCUCCCCCUUUUGAACGUUUCUUUGGAGGCAUUCAGGGAUGUGUUUUAUCACUAAAAUCAUUAACCAACAUCACAGCCUGUUUUUGUUGUUAAUUCAAGAUGAUUACCAACAGCAAUGACAUCAUAGCAUGUGAAAAUUUAAAUAUUAUGCAACAGCUGUGAUAAUCUAUGGAUUUUUUUUUAAAUUAAAUUAAAUCAAGAGAAGAUUCUGGCCACUCUCAUUGCCUCCAACUUUUUAAACCAACACCACUUUGAAACAUCCCGGUCAAAGUCACAUCAAAAGUCUUUUCAUUCAUCUUGUCAUCUUAUUUUAUGUUGAUUUGUCAAAGAAUCGGUUAUUCAUCAUUGAACUAUCAUUCAAGUUCACAUUCAAAAUCUUUUUCUUCAUCUUGUUUCCUUCGCUAGAAGAUCGCACCCUGCGACCAGAACCAUAAACUUUGAGCUGCAUCUUCACAGGAACUUGGUGUGCAUCUUAACCAGCGGAGCCCCCACAGCUAUUUCAUGAAUCCCUCCAAAUGUUGCCUCUCAAGGGUCCUACCCCCUCCCUGCAGAUGUUAGGGGGGGAACCACUGGCCUACAUGGAUGUCCAUCGUUCCAGUAGAAAAGCCACACGGACCAGACCGACCACAACUACACCCACACCAACCACAGCCUGGGUCACACCUGAAGGUCGAAGGAGGAGGAUGAGCGGAUGCCCGACCUGAGUGGAUUGACUGAUGAUGACCUCAAGGCCGCCCUUCUCCGACACGGGGUCGAAGCUGGUCCCAUCGUUGCCUCCACCAGAGGGGUGUAUGAGAACAAGCUCAGGAAACUGCUUCAGUCUGAUGGACAAGGUGUUCUGAACGGAGCAGAGCGAGGUGUGUUGUACUCUGACAGUGAAGAUGAGGAGGAAACGGUGGAACAAGACGUCGAAGAGUCAAGUUCCAAAAAGGGUGACCGGCCACAACAAGGGAGCAGCGAGACUCGUGGCUUUGUUUACCCGCAGUGCUUUUUGCCCCAAUCAAGGCUGUAUGUUCGUGCUUCUAGAAACGGGGAACUAAGUCCCAAGCGGAAUUCAGGGAAUGCGAUGAACUCGCUGGAACGAAGCUCACAAAUUCCGGUAGGAAUUAGCAGAGCAUCCCCUGUAGAUCAACGCUCGGGAUUAGGAUCAGGGUUUGCAUCUGGAUCAGUUAUGCCCAAUGGGGACUCGACAAUUUCCUCUCAGGCCUUCAGCAUCACGCAAAUGGUCGAGGAGGAAAGUUUAUUCUUGCAUAUGGAGAGUUCGAGGUCACACUCUGUGGACUUGGCCACUGAGAGGGAUGUGAAUGGGUGCAAUGUGCAGCAGCAGCAGCAGCAGCAGCAUUGGUCGCGGUUCAACCGGCUGGACAUUCAAACCCCUAAAGGGGGCAACCUGAAGAACCAGUCGAUGUACUACACUCCCAAGGAAUCCACUUAUGAGUCUGAAAUCAAGGAGCCUGUGAAAGACACUUUCAGUCUUCCAAACACUACUGCCACACCCACAGGGAUCUAUGCCACUUGCCGGAGACCCAUCAAAGGCGCCGCGGGGAGACCUGUCCAGAACACUUACCCGGUCACGCCCGCCAGUCCCACGACCCAGGCGAGGCAAGAGGUCGAGCGGCGCCUCGUGCCGGUCCAGAUUCAGAUUUUGUUCUUCCUCGUUGUGGUGUGCCUCAUGUACCUCGUUUAUGUUUGUGUUGAGGACGAUUCAUUUAGUCCAUUUGCAACCUUGCUGGACAGUGCAGGCAGUGACGGGGGCCAGCUCUCUGAGCUGGAGUAACCCGGGGUUCUUUUAGUCGGCACCUUGACUUAAGGUUGCAAGGGUCACAUUUGUUGGUGAUAGGAGCCAUAAUGACCCUACCCUGUGAAAUCUUCAGGAAGCAUACAUCGCAUUACUAUUGACUGUGUCUUUAUGGGAGUAAAACUUCUAGAUGGUGUUCUUAUGGAUGUUAUCAAAGUGCUUUUGUUGUUGGAAAAAAAUGUUAAACACAGAAAUUUAAACUUUAAAAGAUGUUAUCUAAUGUAUAAAUGAUAAUUUUAUAUUUCCUAACUCAAAUUGUGUAUGAUGUUGGGAUGCCUUUUCAAACAUUGCCUCAACUCUACUUGUGUAAUGUUCAUGUGUCAUUUUAAAAAUGUUUUAACCAUGUUUGAAUAAAGAAUUGCUUUAUA